AAACCGGAGCUCGAAGCGUGUGGCAUUGUAAUGUGGAAAUAUUUUAUUACUUUAUUAUUUUUCGCGGCCGCUUCUAUAAGCGAUGGCCUAGAAUCACGUGUGGUGGAUACUGAACAGGGUCCUGUGAGGGGAUACAAAGAUUCUGAUGCUGGGAUUUUUGCUUUCUAUGGCGUACCUUAUGCGAAAGCUCCCAGUGGCAAGCAGAGGUUCAAGGCUCCAUUGCCAGCGAUUAAGCGGUCUGAUAUUUUUGACGCUGUGAAUAAGGAUAUAUCUUGUCCACAAAUGGAUUUUACUGCAAUAUACAAGCGCUCUCUAAUAAUAACAGAAAAUUGUCUGGUUGCUAAUAUAUACAUACCAGAUACCAAUACAAGUAAUCUUUCAGUUAUUGUAUACGUUCACGGUGGAGCCUAUGUUCUUGGCUAUGGAAAUUUAGCAACCUACAAUAAUUUAGUGAAAACAAAAGAAGUAAUUGUUGUUACAUUCAAUUACCGCAUAGGAGCUCAUGGCUUUCUGUGCAUGGGUACAGAGGAUAUCCCUGGAAAUGCUGGUAUGAAAGACCAGGUAGCUUUGUUGCGCUGGGUCAAGAAAAAUAUAAAGAAUUUUGGUGGUGAUCCCGAAGAUAUAACUAUCGCUGGCUAUAGCGCUGGAUCCUCAUCAGUUGAUUUACUUAUGCUCUCUAAAAUGUGUAAAGGAUUGUUUACGAAAGUUAUACCAGAAAGUGGCGCUAAUACGGCUGCUUGGAGUGUUCAAACGGAUCCAAUUGCGGUUGCUAAAGAAUUCGCUAGAAGUCUUAACUUUACGAAUGUUGAUGAUUUUUAUGCUCUUGAAGAAUUUUACAAAACCAUUUCAUAUGAAAUAUUAUCUUCAGUACUACCUAUAAAAAGAACAGAUGCGACAUUUUUAUUUAGUCCGUGCGUUGAACGAGAUACAGAGGGAGAAGAGUUUCUUACUGAUUCUCCAAUAAACAUACUCAAAAAUGGAGACUAUGUAAAGUUACCCAUGCUCUAUGGUUUUUCAAACAUGGAAGGUCUAUUACAAGAACCUCUAUUUGACGAAUGGAAAGAUAAAAUGUACAAUAAAUUUUCUGAUUUCUUACCUCGUGAUCUGCAGUUUGUUAACGAAGCGGAAAAAGAGGAAGUGGCUAAUAAAAUAAGAAAAUUCUACUUUGGUGACGGCCCCAUUAAUGACGAAAAUAUUCUGAACUAUAUUGAUUAUUUCUCAGAUAUAUAUUUUACGUAUGCCACUUUGAGGUCUGUGAAACUUCACGUGGAAGCGGGUAACAAUGAUAUUUACCUGUAUGAAUAUUCGUUCGUUCACGAUGACACGCCACCCAUUUCGCAUACGAAUAUCCGUGGAGCCGCACAUUGCAUGCAAUCUUCCGGUAUAGCUGAUGGAAAUUUUACACAUAAUGAUGAGAGUCUCGCAAAUAAAGACCUGAAGGAAAUGAAAAAUAUACUUCGAGACCUUUGGACCAACUUUGUGAAAACUGGGAAGCCUGUGCCCGAAGGGUCAGAUUACCCAGCCUGGCCACCAGUGGGCAAGGACUGGUCACCACAUAUGAUCAUUGAUAAACCUCUGAAGCUAGGAGGCUCAUUGUUAAAGGAUCGAGUUAAAUUUUUGGACGAAAUCUAUGAAAAGCAUUAUCGUCAACCAUCACCGCCGCCAACUCCACCUCCAAAGCGUGAUGACAGUAACACGAAAGUAAUUAAACUGGAACAAGGAAAAGUACGAGGAUAUUUGGACCCCGAGGGAGGGUUGUAUUCAUUUCACGGUAUACCGUACGCUACGGCUCCUACCGGAAAAAAUAGAUUUAAGGCGCCUCUCCCUGCACCAAUUUGGUUAGAAACGUUAGAUGCUAAAGACAAAGGAAUUAUUUGUCCUCAGAUAGACUUUGAUAUAUACCCGGAUUCACUUAAACAAAUAGAAAAUUGUUUGAUUGCAAAUGUUUUUAUACCAGACACUGACGAGAAAAAUUUACCAGUUGUGGUCUACGUCCAUGGAGGAGCAUUUAUCAUGGGCCACGGAAAUUUAGCCACGUAUAAAAACCUAGUUCGCAGUAAGAAAUUAAUAGUAGUUUCUUUCAAUUAUCGUCUAGGAGCUCAUGGAUUUUUAUGCCUUGGAACUGAAGACGUACCUGGAAAUGCUGGAAUGAAAGACCAAGUAACUCUUCUUAAGUGGGUCCAGAGAAACAUUGUUAGCUUUGGCGGCAAUCCUGAUGAUAUUACAAUAGCUGGCUAUAGCGCUGGCUCUGCAUCUGUAGACUUAUUGAUGCUUUCCAAAAGUGCGCAAGGUCUUUUCCAUAAAGUAAUUCCAGAAAGUGGGUCGAGUACAGCAAUAUUUAGUGUUCAAAUAGAACCUAUUGAAAAUGCGAAAAAGUACGCGAGGUUGUUAAAUUUUACAGAUGUGAAUAAUUUCAGCGCGUUAGUGGAGUUUUAUCAAACUAUUCCAUAUGAUGUGCUAAAUUCAGUAAAUAGACAGGAUUAUUUUGAUGGCUACGAUUUUGCGUUGCUCUUUUCCCCGUGUAUCGAACGCAAAACCCGCGAAGAACCUUUCUUAACAGAUCAACCUGUAAAUAUUAUAAAGAGUGGAAAUUAUAGAAUGCUGCCUAUGCUUUAUGGAUUUGCAAAUAUGGAGGGUCUUUAUCGUGUUAGUGUGUUUGACCAGUGGCGUAAGGAAAUGUCCGAAAACUUUGCGAAGUUCUUACCAGCAGAUCUGAAAUUUGGAGAUAUUGACGAAAAAGUAGCUAUAGCGAAUAAGAUCAAAGAGUUUUAUUUUGGAAAUAAGCCUAUCGAUGGCGAUCAAGUAAUAAAUUACAUUAAUUACUUUACUGACGUGAUUUUUGCUUAUCCAACUAUGAGAGCCAUAAAACUGUAUUAUGAAGCUGGUCACAGGAGUAUAUAUCUCUAUGAAUAUUCCUUUGUUCACGACGAUGAUCCUAUUAUCCCUCACGCGAACGCGGCGAACCGCGGCGCGGAUCAUUGUGCUCAAACAAAUGCUGUUAUGGAUGGUCUUAACAUAACACACCAUACGGAGUUAUCAAUCUCUGAAGAAUUGAAGGAGAUGAAAAAAAUAAUGCGAGAGAUUUGGACAAAUUUCAUAACAACAGGUGAACCGGUCCCCAAAGGAUCGGAAUUACCAGCGUGGCCUCCAGUAGACAAGGAUGGGUCUCCACACAUGGCCCUCAAUUUACCUCUAGAACUAAAAGGAGCCUUACAUAAAGAUCGCACUCAAUUAUGGGAAGAGAUUUAUAGCAAGUACUAUCGUCAUAGUUCCCCGCCUGCUCCACCCGUAGAACAUACCGAACUUUAAUAAUAUACUCGAAAUUGAAGUGUUUUAUAUUAAGGAGAAAUAUAAAUCAUUCUGAGGAAUAUAUAAGUAUCAUUUUCAUUAUCAUUUCAAAAAUGAUAAUAAUAUAAGUGUAAUCACUUAACAGGGUCGUUAGUAACCAAGAAUUUAACCUUGUAUGAAG